AAGAUAAAAAUAGAAAGGACAUUAUUUGUUUCUUGAUAUGUUUUAUUUAAUAGUGGCACAAUUUCAUUAUACCAGGCGGGGAGUGUGCUGCCAUCCUGUUAGAAGGUAACAGAUUAUUUUAUUACAAUGGUUAAAUUGGAUUUUCAUUGUGUUCAAUGGUGUUAUUUGCCCCCUAGUGGCGCUUUCUGGUACUUAGAAAGACAACGCAAACGGGAAGUUCAGAAUUUGUUUUGCACGCAUAGAAGCAGCUACAAACAACGCUACGGUGCAGGUCUUUCAAUGUAGUUAUUUCUUGUCACGCUUCAGCCUUGGAAAAAUAUUUGUUUGUAAGUUAGAUUCAAGCAUAUAGCUAAUGAUGAUAAUCUUGUUAUUGAUAGAGUUUCUUACAUAUCAAUGUUGGUUGCAUUUACUCACAAAUUGCAAUGCCUUUAAUGUAUGUCGUUAGCUGUAUUACUUUGCUCAUGCGUCAUGCAAACGAAUUGUAAAAUAUACAAUACUGUAGUUUUGUUACUGUUUCUAGUGUAAUAUGCUUUGUUAUUCUACAUAGAUGGUUAUACAUUAUUAGAGUAAUGAAAGGAGCAAUUACCAAAUGGUUAACAAUUAGCUAUAUGGUUUGGCAUCAUUGCCAGAUGCAUGGUACCUUAGCGCGUGCUUUGUAUUUAUGCAACUUCAAAUGUUUAAUGUACAGCUACAGUAUGUCGGUGUGAAUUGAACACUAAAGUAUAUUCUUUUCUGUAUUUUGCAGUUUCACAACAUAAACGUUUUCAAUAUAUUCAUUCAAGAAAAGUCACGCCUUGGGAGUUUUAUUGAAGACUUAGUUGUUAGCUAUCUGUCUAGUUUUGCAUGGGAACGCAACUCAAGGGCAGAAUAAAUAAUAUUUCAGAGGCUUUCAAGAGGCUUGGGAUAUCAGACAGUGAUAGUGCUCUUCUCAUAGUUCUGGUCCAUCCCAAAGAGGAGAAGCAGCACAUGAGUGACAUCAUUGCCAAGGUGGACGGACAACAGAUUCCAGUUGAAGAUGUCUCCAUGUUGACCGACCCUGCUAAGAUCAAAAAGGAGGGCCUCACAGAGCACACACUCCAACAGGGACGAGACCACAUGAAGGAAGCCCCUGUGGCCAAGGAGAGGACUCCGGAACCAGCCAGCUGAGCCUGAGAAAGACUUCAUAGGCCCAUUAUCAAUAUGGACCUAACCUUACCUUCCAGACUUCAGUCACACUGCUGAUGGACAAGACUACUGUACUUCCACAGGCCUUAUCCCAUUCUCUGAACCACUACUGUAGAACAGAAGAGAACACGGAUCAUGCUUUUGGGCCUGUCCACUCAUCAAAAAAACACACACUCAAAAACUUCCUCUGUACUGUUGCACUCAGUUGAUACUUCUUCCUAUUAUGGUACUUGUGAUGUACAGUAUUAUUUGAUAGUGUGGACUGUGUAAAAUCAUAUACAUGGUAAUUCAUUCUCUUAUUUAUUUAUUUGGACAGAUUAUUAGAAAAUGUGAAAUGCAUAUUUUAAAAAUGAUGGCUUUUGUUAAAAUCCAAACAAACAGUGCCUUUUCCUUUCACCGAAACACAUUUAGCAUGGAACUGCAUUCUUUUGAACUACUGUGUAAAAUAUCCAAUAUGUAAAUAGAGAAUAACUUGACUAAGUGAUUAAACUUACAAUUGUUUUAAAUAA